GUAGCAUGUCGCCCAUAUCACGGGUUCGAAGUCGAUGUUUGGAGCCUUGGCGUGGUUUUGUGCGUCCUCUUGACGUCGAGUCUUCCCUUCGUCGCGCCGACUGUCCCCGAGCUGUUUCGAAAAAUUUGCAGAGUGGAACUGGCGUUUCCGCUUCCUUCAGGACCAACUGGUGCGACGGUGAACAGGAUACCCACCACCGACACGGCAACAGGCGGUCCUGCUGGUGCAACACCUAGACAAGCUAGUACCCUUUGCAAUGGCUUCGAGGUGGUGCGGAAGAUUCUGGUGGUAGAUUCACUGCGACGCUUUACGCUGAAACAAAUUCAAGAACAUCCCUGGUUCCUCUGUUCCAAUAGCAAUAGCUCGUUUGGAGGAAACCGCGCGGCACCGUCGUCGGGCGCUAGUGUCGAGCAGAAUGAGCUGCUGCAAGGGCCAGAUUGCACGGACAAACAAGUACUUCCACUGGAAAAAUGCUUUGAAGCUCCGAACCACGACAGUGCUCCUCCUUCUGGUGAGAAGACCCAAAAAAACAACACAAAAAAUGGCUGUGAUCGGAAUAGAGAAGGAAAUCGAAAUAAAGCGUCAACAUCGUGUGGCAGCUCCGACCGCAAGGAUUGUGAUUCUGGUGCCAUCGUUGAUCUCGACGAGGACUACGGGAUGUCCAAAAGCAUCUUUUUCGACGACAUCCAGCAACAGCGCUAUGCGGAGCGAUUUUUGGUCGGUCAGAAAAGCACCUGUCAAGACGUCUGGGAAGACGAACUCCGACUCGGCGGCAUGGAUGCCUUCCCUUUUGCAAAGCUGUACAAAAGACACUUCACGCGGAUACCUACCACCAGCAUGCCCACGCCUUGCUCUACUUCAGAGGAUUUUGCUAAGGAUAACGAAACGGAGAGCAACACCUCUCGCGGGCUUCAAGAAAGCAUGAAGUGCGCAGGUCUGUGUAGUGACGCAAUGAGGACACCAGGAACUACUAUCGAGCAGCGCACUACCACGAGCACGAUCGCUGGCGACCUGGCGCCGCUGGAACCAGGUGCAGAUCGUGCAGCUGCUCUUGACGAGACGAGAAGCAUAACGGUUACCACUCCGCCUAGGUCGACAGCCUCCUCAAGCCGGACCGGCGUCUUAUCCUCCUCCACUAAAAUCAGGGCGUGUCGCCGGCGAAAAGUCGCGGAGGACGACGACGGAAUUCCCACCAGGCAGUGCAGCCCGGCUUCAUGCUCGUCGUGCCUGCCGUCUGUUUCUCUUUCGCCAUCUCCUGCUGCGAGCUCUCCCGACGAGAGGAGGAAUUUCUGCCUAGGUGCGCCCUGUAAAGAGCAUGUGGUUGGGCCCGGAUCUUGUCCUAGCCCAAGGCGCGGGUUAGAGCCCCCGCUACCACCGCCACCAGAGGCUGUUCUCGGGAGUCCACCAGUGUAUGUCGUGCCGGGAAUCCAAAUCACACAGGCAACGUCGAAUGAUGUUCCGGUAAAAAGCACUGUUCCGAGUAGGUCGCUGGAGGUGGGAAGAGCGGAGCCUCUUUCCUCGUCUCCUCCUGAAGUUUGUGAAAGCCACCAGGAAGAACAGGUUUUUGACUGCAACAGCCCGAGGCCGAACUCCUCGAACACCGUGUGUAAAGUUGGAGAACGCCCCGACGAGGGAAAGCAGAGUCAACAAUCUCUCGGUCAUCGGCCACACUGUGCUGGCCCUUCGAAUAAAGGGAGUGAGAUGAUGCAAUCCAAGCUGCGAGGAACAAAGAUAUUGACAAUGUAUAGCGCCCACCCACCAGCACCGUCGGGGUCCCGGCUAUGGGGUGCCUGUCGGUGGCGACUUGGUUUUGAGCUUGAGACGCACCAAGCCGCGGUGGAACUCUGGCGUGUGGUUUUUGACGCGCUGAAGCGAUCCGGAUUCUUCUGGCGGAGCAAUGAAAAGGCCGGCUCGAGCUCGACGGUGAUACCGGCGUCGCAGCCAUUUCGUGUCGAAGUGGCCAGAUUGGUAAAAUGCAACGAGUCCGAUUCGCAUGCGCAAGAAAAAAUAAAAACCAUCCCUUCGGAACACGAACUUCUUUUCACUGUGCAGCUUUACGCGCGCUCUGUAGUGCGAAGCAACAGAGUCGCAACGGUAAGAUCGAAGACGCCCACCAAAGGAGUUUCUGGGCGCCCAUGCACUACAUCUUGUGCAGCUACGAGGAACAGGUUUGUGUUGGACGUGAGACUCAAUGCCACUGCUGGCAUUGCACGCGAUGAUCCGACAAACUCCGCAUCUAUUUCUUCGCUGCUGUGCAAAGCAGUUCAGGCAAACCGUUUUCUCGAGAGGCUGGUCAGUCUUUUUUUGGACAGGCAUGGGAUGAAGGUUUCCGGGGCUGACAAAUUGACGAAAAGCGAUCUUGUGAUUGUCAAGUAGAAAUGUGAUUCAUCGACGUGUGUGAACUGGCUUCUCGCUUUUGUUUUUGACGUCGUCAUCUUUACGUGUAGAACUUUUCCGAAGUAGUGGAUUCGGCAAGAAAAAUGUUUAUGGUCUUUGUACGAAUAAAGGAUCUCCAAUCUCCAUUGCCUCCACCUACUUGCUGUAGAAAUGAACCUGCCUUUCAUGCUCUCACACACUAGCUCUGCCUCUUCAUUGACGUAAGAUGCUGCUAGCUGGUCCUGCGAAACCGGGAGCAACUGUAUGAACAAAAAUUUUGCGGAUCCUAGUACCAGUUUUACUAGCUAGUUUUAGGAAGAUAUGUUGAUCACCAUCAUGUUGUUGUCACUAGUUGACUUUGUGAAAAGUUUCAUCUGUGGGCGUCAUCGUUUUGAGCGGCAAAGCCGACGAGCAAUAUUAGCUCUGGCAGCUCUCCUUCGAAUGAAAAAUUUGGAUCAAGAUUUUGCACAUCUUUUUUCAUAUUAAUCAGCAUAUGCGUGUUAACAGGCAG